AUGGCAGACAGUUCUGAGAACGAUAGCAAUCGCCCUCGCGAAAAUGUCAAGAUCCUCUACGACUACGAACUUACCAACGCACCCGGCAAGUCCAUCGUUGGUAUCGAGGUCCACUAUGGUCCUGGCGGAUGGACACCUCCGCAUACUCACUCUGGUGCAACUGUUGCCGCCACUGUGAUCAAGGGUCAACUCCUCAGCGGGAUGAAUGGUAACCCGCCCAAGGUGUACCAUGCGGGCGAGAGCUUCCGCGAAUAUCCUGGAUGCCAUCACACCGUCAGCAAGAAUCCCAGUGGAACUGAGGACACCACUUUCAUUGCUGUGAUGGUCAUUGAUACUGAGGUUGUGAAGAAGGGAUAUCAGAACCUGAUUGUUUUGGACAAGGAAUGGGAAUAA